AUGAAACCUAUUGUAACUGCAGCAGUGAGUACCAAAACCGUGACACGUAAUGUAACUGCAGCAGUAAGUACCAAAACGGUGACACGUAAUUUAACUGCAGCAGUGAGUACCAAAACGGUGACACGUAAUGUAACUGCUGUAGUGAGUACCAAAACGGUGACACCUAAUGUAACUGCAGCAGUAAGUACCAAAACGGUGACACCUAAUGUAACUGCAGCAGUGAGUACCAAAACGGUGACACGUAAUGUAACUGCAGCAGUAAGUACCAAAACGGUGACACCUAAUGUAACUGCAGCAGUAAGUAUCAAAGUGGUGAUACCUGAUGUAACUGCAGCAGUAGGUAUCAAAGCGGUGACACCUGAUGUAACUGCAGCAACAAGUACCGAAACGAUGGCAGCUAGUGUAACUGUCGCAACGAGCGGUAGUACAACGAAAUCGGUUUGUAUUUACUAA